CUGCAGGCGCAGAGUACCAUUGACCGCGAUGUGGAUAAUCUCUUCGAGAGUGAGCUUGACUGUAUGCUCCUCGAUGCCGAUCGCCUCAUAGAGAAUCUGGAAGAGGCUGAGAAAACCUUCGAUCUCCGAUUUCCACCAACAAGUGGUACAAGUCGAACCGUCAUCAAUAGCACCUGUGGCAACGCCGAGGCAACCAGCUCAGCCAAGACUGCCAAAGGCCGCGUGGUCCUGGGGCAAUCACGCAACCCAUUCAGCUCUGGCCACUACCCCAGUUUCCCGGACCCCGUUUUAAACACCAGUCUCUACUUAUGUAGGCCUUUUUCACGUAUUAUGCUGACUUUACUUCUCUCAACUCUUAUGCUCUAUUUCGAUAUCUUCUUCAUUUGUCUAUUUGCGCCCGCCACGAUUUCAUCAGACCAGACGCGAUUAGAACCAACCAAGUCUCACGCUGAAGAAGGCAGCACAAUGAUUAAAGUUCCAAGCUGUCAACAGCGUCCCCAGCGGCAGCAACAAUUGACUGACGCUUGGAUAUCAUCGAAAUCACGCUCGACGGAAAUACCGGCCCCCAAUAGUCGUCAUGCCUCGGAUACAUCCGAAUUUGAGCCUUUGUCCAAGAGAAUCUCAUUGCAUGGUCCACAGGCUACAAAGAGGCAAGACAAGAAAGAGACAAUGGAAGGGUUGGAGGAGAGACAACAGAGAUUCAAGGAUGAUUGCGAGUCUGUAGAAUCACGACAAUCAGAUGACAAGUUUCAUCCAUUUUGUUACAUCCAGGACAUUUACUGCGCUCUAGUCGCCAAAGCCUCAUCUGAUUCUUCAAGCGAAAUCGCUGGUCAACAUUCCUUCCCAAACUCUUCUCUAUCAUCCGGUUGUGGCAACAGAAAUGGUCCGUUUACAGUGCGCGCAAUGCUUGUCAGUCUGUUAAGCCGGUUGCGCAAUAAUCAGGGUCAGCGAUGGAGCCUGGCUGGCCGGAUCAUCGACGGCAGUGCUUCGCUCGAUGUGAUUUUUCAUUCGGAUCUUCUUACUCGUCUCAUUGGACUUGGUCCAGGCCAAGUGGAGACGCUGAGGACGGAGAAGGUCGUCUCAUCUGUCUUGCUCGUUUUUUACAGUUGCCAUCUUUCUUGCUUGAUUUGA